UAGGCUAUAAACCAGCAAGAACAAGAAGAUUAAUUCAGAUAGGGAAAAAAAAAAAAUAGAAGCUUUUCUUUCUGUGUUCCUAUAUCUACUACUACCACUGGGGUCUAUUAGUAGAUCUUCUUCCUCUUCCUUUCUCUUUCUACUUUUCUUCCACCAAGGUCCAACCCCAUUCCCCCACCACCACCACCACCACCACCAAGUCCCCAACUUUCUUGCUUCUUUCUUUCCCCCUCUCACUUGGCAGAAGAGCAUAUCCGAGGAGGUUGAUCUGUCAAUCUAUCAAUCAGUCAAUCAGUCAAUCAAUCAAAAGCCCAUCAAUCAAUCAAUCAAUCAGUCCAAUCAGGGAAAAACUAAGAUGUCAUCAUCUUCUUCUCCUUUUACAUUGGACCACAUCUCUCCCUCCGACCAGCUCUGUUACGUCCAUUGCAACUUCUGCGACACCGUCCUCGCGGUGAGUGUUCCUUGCAGCAGCAUGUUCAAGACAGUUACGGUCCGAUGUGGUCACUGCACCAACCUGCUUUCCGUCAACAUGCGUAGUUUACUUCUGCCUGCAGCAAAUCAGCUUCACCUCGGCCAUGCUUUCUUCUCUCCUUCUCAUAAUCUUCUGGAAGAGAUCCCAAGCCCACAACCGAACAUGCUGAUUGAUCAACCUAACCCAACUGAUCCUGUGGUCUCCUUUCGUGGAGGUGCCGAUGAGCUCCCGCGUCCUCCAGUUGUUAAUAGACCUCCGGAGAAGCGACAGAGAGUCCCAUCCGCCUACAACCGAUUCAUCAAGGACGAGAUCCAACGCAUCAAGGCCGGAAAUCCCGAUAUAACUCACAGAGAGGCCUUCAGCGCAGCUGCAAAGAACUGGGCCCACUUCCCACACAUCCACUUUGGUCUCCUGCCUGACCAGAGCCAGACUGUGAAGAAGACUAAUGUGUGCCAACAGGAAGGAGAGGACGUUGUCAUGAAAGAUGGGUUUUUUGCUUCUGCAAAUGUUGGUGUCUCUCCCUACUAAGAAGUGGCAGUGUCUUUGUUAGGUUUUCUUUGUCCUCUCUCUCUCUCCCCCCCCCCCCCCCCCUUUGGGAGAAGAGAUUGCUCUAAGUCUCGAUUAACUUAUGUUGUCAAGGAUGGGGAAGGGUCUUGAGCCUUGAACAACUUCAAUUUUAUCCUGCAAAUUAAGGACUUUGUGUUGAUUUGUAGUAUGCAUCUCUAUUGGAUAUUCAAUCUCUGGCUCUGUCUUGUUUAGAAAA